AUGGCAAAUGUUUCAAAGUUUACUCUGCUAUUCAUUUGUUGUUUUUGUUUGAAAUUUGUUUCAACAUCUGCCAAUAUUACCACCACUGAAUUUCUUAGAGACUCAGAAACCUUAUUGUCUAGUAAUGCCACUUUCAAGAUUGGAUUUUUCAGCACCGAUGACUCAACAAAUCGCUAUGUUGGAAUUUGGUAUAAUAUCGUGAAUGAGACAGUAGUUGUAUGGGUGGCCAAUAGGAACAACCCUAUAAAUAACACUUCUGGGGUGCUGAAAAUAUCUGAAGAUGGAAAUCUUCAACUCUUAGAUGGACAAAACACGAUCUUUUGGUCGUCAAAUGUAUCUCAACCGGCAAACAGUUCUUCAGUUGCUCAGCUUCUAGAUACCAGAAACCUUGUUUUGCUUUCAACUGCUAGUGGGAUGAUCUUGUGGCAGAGUAAAACUAGCAAUAUGAAGAUAAUUAUUGCAGUCAUAGCACCUCUUGCCACAAUUACAGUCAUUGUCUUCAUGUACUGUAUGUGGAGUUUGGUGUAUCGAUCACGAUAUGAACGAGAAGAAAAACUGCUGGUAUAUGAAUACAUGCCAAAUAAAAGUUUAGAUGCACUUCUCUUUGAUUCACAUCAUGGAUUACAGUUGGACUGGAAGAAGCGCUUCAAUAUUAUCAAUGGAAUUUGUCGAGGCCUCCUCUAUCUUCAUAGAGACUCUAGAUUAAAGAUUAUUCAUAGAGAUCUUAAACCAAGCAACAUUUUGCUUGAUGAAGAUCUCAAUCCCAAGAUAUCUGACUUUGGAAUGGCAAAGAUAUUUGAGAACAAACAAGAUCAAGCCAACACCUUAAGGGUUGUUGGCACAUAUGGCUAUAUGUCUCCAGAAUAUGCUAUGGAAGGCCUCUUCUCAGAGAAAUCAGAUGUUUUUAGUUUGGGAGUGCUACUACUUGAGAUUGUCAGUGGCCGGAAAAAUAGUAGCUUUAUGGAUAUUGAGUCUAUGAGCCUCUUAACCUAUGCAUGGAAAUUGUGGACCGAGAAUGAUAUGCCUUCAUUGAUUGAUCCAACCAUUCUUGAUCCUUGCUUCAAAGAUGAGAUUUUGAAAUGCAUACAGUUGGGGUUAUUGUGCGUGCAAGAAUUCCCUGAAGAUAGGCCAACCAUGUCGACGUUGAUUUCUAUGCUUGACGUUAAUGAUAUUGAGGAUCUCCCACAUCCAACACGACCUGGAUUUACUCACAGGAAAGUUUAUUCUACUGAUGAAAUCCUUCAAAGUAGCCAAGAACAUGGUGGAUCUGUAAACAAUGUCACUCUGACUGCGGUCAGUGGUCGAUAG